GCAACUCGUCAUACUUAAGUCAGCCAUUGAUCAGUGAUGUGGAAUAUUACCAUAAAAACAUAAAUUCAAAUCUCAUCCAGCAAAUCAUAUUGAAGGAACAAAAAUGAUGAAACACGAACCAGAAGCGUUAAUGAUGGAUCAUCAUCAAACUCGUGGUGGUUUUCAUACACAUGGUGACCACGUCGCUGUUCAUGCAAUGAAAACAAAUGAUUACUUUUGGAUACGUAAGGGCAUUGCUGGAAUAAUAUUAAUAGGACUAUUAAUUGUAUUCAUUAUAUUCGGUUUUAUCGUACAUUUCUUAUCAAUAUGUUCCGAACAAGAUCCUUCUCAUACUACAGAAAAGAUUUACGCAAAAGAUGAUUUUUGGACUACAACUGAAAAAUCAAAUAAUAAUAAUGUUUAUUACAUUGAGAAUAAUUUAAAUGUACCAGAAAUUUUACCUGAAUCAACAACAGAUAAAAUUUCCACGACGAUAAGGACACAACAGGAGUUAAAUAAAACUGAACCAGAAAUUAAUAUAAAUUUAUUAGAUGAAUCAACUAAAAUUAGUUACAAUGAUUAUCGUUUAACUAAAUCAGUGAAACCAAUUCAAUAUGAAUUAAAUAUUGUUCCAUUAUUUUCAAAAGCUGAAAAUAAUAUACCAGUUACAUUUAAAGGUUUUGUUAAUAUUACAAUUCAUGUAAUGGAUUUAAUUCAUGAAAUACGUUUACAUGCGACAUCAAUGUCAUUAAACGGUUUACCUAAAGUCAUUAAAGUCAAUAAUGAUGAUCAAAUUAAUGAAAACGUUGUAUUAAAAGUCAAUGGCUAUGAAUUAAAUGAAACAAAUCAAUUUUUAACAAUUAAAACGAAUAGUUCCUUAUUACCAGGAAAAUAUUAUUUAAUUAUACAAUUUACGGGUGCAUUUAAUGACUUAAUGCGUGGUUUUUAUAGAUCAUCGUAUACAAAAAAUAAUAAAACGGCAUGGAUUGUUGCUACACAAUUUGAACCAACAGAUGCACGACGAGCGUUUCCAUGUUUUGAUGAACCAGAUUUUAAAGCACGCUUUCGGAUACGUUUAGGUCGACCUAAAUAUAUGUCUAGUUUAUCAAAUAUGAAUUUAGAAGAAACAUUAAAUUAUACAGAGCUCACCAUAUUACCAGAAUUACCCUCCGACGAUUUUGUGUGGGAUAUCUUCAACAAUACAGAAUUAAUGUCGACGUAUUUAGUUGGAUUCGCAAUAUUAGAUUUUAAAUCAAUACGGCAUUUCAAUAAUUUCACUGUUUGGGCACGUGAAAGUGUUAUUAAAGAGGCGCAAUAUGCGUUAGAUUUAGGUGAACAAGUUUUAAAAUAUUUUGAAGGCUUUUUCAAUAUUAAAUAUCCAUUACCUAAAAUGGAUAUGCUUGCAUUACCUGAUUUUGCUGCUGGUGCAAUGGAGAAUUGGGGUUUAACAACAUUCCGAGAGUCAGCAAUGUUAUAUUUAAAAGGUGUAUCACCUACAGAAAGUCGUAUGAGAGUGGCUACAGUCAUUUCUCAUGAACUAGCACAUCAAUGGUUUGGUAAUUUGGUCACACCAAAAUGGUGGUCAGAUUUAUGGUUAAAUGAAGGUUUUGCCAGUUAUGUAGAAUACAUUGGAGUUGACUUUGUAAAUCCAGAAUGGGAAGUUAAUGCACAGUUUGUUAUUGAUGAAGUACAUUAUGUAAUGGGAUUAGAUUCAUUAGCAUCAUCACAUCAAAUCUCUGUAGAAGUACAUCAUCAUGAUGAAAUCAACGAUAUUUUUGAUCGAAUUUCUUAUAGUAAAGGUGCAUCCAUUAUACGAAUGAUGGAUCACUUUUUGUCACGUAAUACAUUCCAAAAAGGACUAACUACUUAUUUAAACGAACAAAAGUAUGGAAAUGCUGAACAGGAUGAUUUAUGGAAAUGUCUAACCCAUCAAGCACACUUAGACAAACAUUUAGAUGAGAAUAUGUCUGUUAAAGACAUAAUGGAUACAUGGACAUUACAAGUGGGAUAUCCAGUAAUAACCUUAACUAGAAAUUAUGAACAUAAUACAGGGUUAUUAAAUCAAACGCGCUUUUUAUUAAACCCUAAAAAUGUGUCAGGCAUUAAUGCAAACACAACGAACGAAUUAUGGUAUGUUCCAAUUAAUGUUGCAACAAAACUAUCAGAUUUUAAUGAUACAAGUCCACAAAAAUGGAUGAAUACAAAAACGUUAAAAUUAGACAAUUUACCAAAAGAGCGUUGGGCAAUUAUCAAUAUACAAGAGACUGGAUUUUAUCGAGUUAAUUAUGACUAUGAAAAUUGGAAAUUGAUAUUCAAUCAGUUAAUCACAAAUCAUACAGAAAUACAUGCAUUAAAUCGAGCACAAAUAUUAGAUGAUUCAAUGAAUCUAGCACGCGCUGGAUUGUUAACAUACAAUAUGGCAUUAAGUUUAACAACAUAUUUAAAAAAUGAACGUCAUUAUUUGCCCUGGAAAGCUGGAUUUAAUUCAUUAGCAUAUAUUAAUUCAAUGCUAAUUCGCACAGGAGAUUAUCAUUAUUUUAAGAAAUACGUUUUAAACUUAAUUGAAACUGCCUACAAACAAAUUGGAUUUACUGAAAAAUCCACUGAUAGUCAGUUGGAAUUAUUGUUACGUAUCGAUUUAAUACAGUGGGCAUGCUUAUUGGAUGAAUAUAAAUGUAUGCAACAGUCUGUGACAAUGUUCCAAAAUUGGAUGGUAUCACCGGAUCCAGAUACAUCAAAUAAUAUUCCUGCCGAUAUUCGUGGUAUAAUAUAUUGUACAGCCAUACGCCAAGGUACUGAAUUAGAAUGGAAUUUUGCGUGGAACAGAUAUAUAAAUACAGAUUUAGGUUUUGAGAAAGAAACAUUAUUGAGCGCAUUGGGUUGUUCACGUGAACCGUGGAUUUUAACACGGUAUUUGGAAUGGACAAUAUCGGAAAAAAGUGGUGUACGUCGUCAAGAUGUGACACGUGUAUUCUCAGCAGUAGCACAUAAUCCAAUUGGACGUGAUUUAAGUUUUGAUUUUGUUAAAAACAAUUGGAAACGAAUUGAUAAAUACUUUGAUUCAUCUGCGAGUUUGCUAAUAUCAAUUGUAAGAGCAUGUGUUCAGGAGAGAAAUACAGAAUUCGAAAAACUUGAGUUGUUACAAUGGAUCAAAGGACAUAAUAAAGAAUUGGGUGUGGGCUUACGCAGUAUUCAACAGGUUAUUGAAUCAAUUGAUGCAAACAUUCAUUGGAUGGGAAUGUAUAAAAAUAAAGUUUCUUCAUGGAUUCAAAAUUAUUUAAAAAAACCGAUUUUCGAACUUUCACUAAAUGAUGUACAAACCAAAACUGAUCGAAUUUUAACACCAAACAAACAGUAUCAAGCUUUACACUAUUAAUAAACGGAUGAAUCUCUUUCAUUCAUAAACAAAAAGUUUCCUGCGAAAUUAAAGUAUCAGAAUAUUUCAAGUUUUAGUUCACAGUACGUAUUCGGAUAUUUUUACAUUGUUUAUUACAUAUUCGAAUCUUCAGGUUCAUUGUUACGACCUUGAAGUAUAUAUCGUGCAUUUUUUGUGACAUAGAGGAGUCUACCUACUAUUAUUUUUAACUUAAAAAAAUUUCAAACAUAGGCGUUUUCUUUCACGAAAUUUGCAAAAUUAUGAAUUUAGUGACCAGGUUAAAAUUAGUUAACAGUCGUUAUUACGUUAUUUUUUCAUACACAACAAGAAAAAAGGAUAAAAAUUCAAAAUUCUUUUCUUCCAAUAAAUAUGCUCUAUCAUGCACAGUAUGCAGGCCGGGUGUUGGAUAAAAAAAAUAUUUUAAUUUUUGCUCAAUUAUUUUCUUAGAAUACUUAAAACACGAAUACUAACUGAUUUUAAACUUCCUACUAAAACAACAAAUUUCCGAAAUAAAAAAUGCAACGGUUUCAAAUAUGUAUUCUGAAUACGUAUUGUGGACUAUUUUGUUUUAUAAAAAUAUAAAAAUUUAUUCCACAUACACUUGACCACCAUAAUCACUACUUAUGUUUUUAAGUGUAGUUUUUAUUAGUCAUAAUUUACACGUUUGCUCGCAUUUUUAAAUAUUUUUAAGUUCAUCAAUGAGAUAAUAUUACGUUGUGAAUUCAUCGAAUGUUAUUUAAGGCAAAUGUACCAUAUUGCAGGAUGUUCAGGCAUAAAUGCACUUUGAAGCUGAUUAUU